AUGGGCUCGUUACGCUCGCCUUACAUGUAUGAUGUUAUUCCACCAGCAGUGAAGGUAAUUUUCAUAACCAAUGGAAUUCUUGCGUGUGUCGGUUUUGUCCCUCCUGCGCGUGUCCCUGCGGUGUGGCGGUGCGCGGCGCGUAGCUCAGUGGAGGCGUUGCGCAGAUUCAGCUCGGGGGACCUGCAGUCCGAGUGCGAUGAGGGCGAGGUGGACCCCUACACCGGCCGCCCGGCCACCACCAGCCAGCCCAAGUCGCAGAAUCAGAGGCCGGCCUCCCAGGGCGGCAGCAUAGGCAGCGCGUCCGGUCCUCCGCCCGCGCCGUCCGCUGCCGCGGCUGGCGGAGACCUGUCGCUGAACCUGCGAGGCGGCUCGCGAGGCACCUCCGCACCAUCCUCGCCGGCCAAGUCCCGAGAGUCGCUGCUGCAACGCGUACAGUCUCUCACCGGCGCGGCUAGAGAUCAAGGCGCCAACUUGCUAGGGAGCGUAACAUCAGUGGCGUCGGUCGGACGCGGGUACAACCGUGACCGCUGCGUCACUUUACUGGUGGUGGACGAUCAGAACACCGACUGGUCCAAGUACUUCCGAGGACGUCGGCUGCCGGGCGAGUGGGACAUCCGCGUUGAGCAAGCAGAGUUUAAGACCUGUGAAUACAUGAUGGAAUCGAGUAAUAAUAACAUAAGAUGGCUUCUGCAAACUAAAGUAUAA